GACUCAGACUAACAUAAUUUACUGGUCUAUUCAAAAGCCCUUUUCCAUGUGUAGUUAUCACAAUCCUGUAAAGCUGUUUUUGGUGAAUCUUGUUUUUCUGCUGUACCUCUGUUUUAUCACUAGGGUGCAAUGCUCUUGUACAUGUGGGUCUUAAAUGUUUGAUUCUCUUAACGUUUUUGGGUCAAUCAUCAAUGUUGCCAAUUUGAAUCAUUAUGACACAUGACUUAUGACAUGUCUAGUUUUCUUUAUGAUCCAGUCAUUUAUUUAUAGACAUGGUAAUCCAUUUGCACAGUAUCUAAUGGUCCACGAGCAUUAUAUUAUUAUAUUAUUCAGUAUUACAUACGAGAUUAUAUGGUCAGUUUCAGUGUUGUUUUAUUGCUCUCCAAUAGCAUACGGUAGGCAACAGGCAUGUCUGGCCCCUGUAAUUGUGUUUCUGGGCUAGAGGUCAGACACUUUUUUUUAGGUAUUUCCUCCUUGCUUCCUUUGUUCUGCUGAGCGACUUCAUCUGAAGAUAAGUUACUCUAAAAUGGGUGAGGCUUGUAUAUGACCAUAAAUGGACAAGGUGUGUUUUUGUGUUUAAGCUUCACCGAUGGAGCAAGCAUGCAUAACAAUAUAAGGAAGUGUUAGAGCAGAAGAGAGAACGAAGUCACCUUCGGAAUUUUGUCAGCAACAUGUGACAACGGAGGGCCCUCCGAGUGAUUUGGCAGGGCGAGGUGGUGGCUUGGAAUUCACAAUCUCACUGUCUCAUUCAGACACACGCAGGGAUCACUUAACCAGGAAGUUAUUGGGAGAAGUUUGUUUCAAUCACCUUUCUCCAUCUUGAAAGACAAACGUGGCUUAAUUGGAAUAUAGGGGUCUCUAGUAUUUGGGUAUGCUUCCUCAUUCUGCUGUACAAGGACAGGAGAGCAGAGAGUAAAAAACACAUUAAUUCACCACAAAAGUCAUGUUGUACUGGACUGCACUGCCUGAUUGGAAAGUAUUGCUGUUGGUGACACUUCUAUGGGACUACCUCUGUGCUGAGGAACUGAAACCCACAAGAUGGCCACUGUAUCCCCAAAAGCCUCUGGUCAUGGCCUGGAAUGCUCCGACGGAGGACUGCGGCCCGCGGCACGGUAUUCACUUUCAGCUGGAGCAGUUCCAGAUUGUGGCGUCGCCCAGCAAGGGCUUUGUCCGCCAAAACCUCACCAUCUUUUACAAGGACCGUUUGGGGUUGUACCCCUAUUAUAAGGAGCACGAUGGUGCUGUCAUGAACGGUGGGCUCCCGCAGGUUGCCAGUCUCACUCAGCACCUGGAGAAGAUGCCGGAGGGUAUUCAGUAUUACAUACGCGAAGCAGGGGCCAAGGGACUGGCAGUUAUUGACUGGGAGGAGUGGAGACCACUGUGGAUCCGCAACUGGGACGUCAAGAAUGUGUACCGCAACCAGUCAAGGCAGCUGGUGGCCCAGAAGAACCCAGCCUGGCCCGCAGAGCGUGUGGCUAAGGUGGCCCAGCAGGAGUUUGAGAUGUCAGCCCGGAAGUUCAUGGUGGAGACCCUGAGGCUGGCCAAGAGCCUGCGGCCCAACCAGCUGUGGGGGUUCUACUUGUUCCCAGACUGCUACAACCACGACUAUAAGAACACUCUGGAGAACUACACGGGCCGCUGCCCUGACGUGGAGGUGGCCCGGAAUGAAAUGCUCAAAUGGCUGUGGGUGGAGAGCACAGCCCUCUUCCCCUCGGUCUACAUGGGCACGGUGCUGCGCUCUUCGCACUCGGGGCGGCAGUUUGUCCGGAACCGGGUGAAGGAGGGGAUGCGUCUGGCGUCAGGGGGAGACGGGCUGGCACGUCCUGUCUUUGUGUACGCCCGGCCCACCUAUGCCAACGUACUGGAGCUGCUGACAGAGACGGACCUGGUCUCCACCAUCGGGGAGAGUGUGGCUCUUGGGGCCGCAGGCAUCAUCCUCUGGGGAGAUCACGCUUAUGCCAGCAGCAAGGCCAGUUGCUCUAGUCUGAAUGAGUACUUACGGGGUCCGCUGGGCCGGUACCUGCUCAACGUUACCACGGCAGCAGAGCUGUGCAGCCAGACGCUGUGCGAUUCCCUUGGACGCUGCCUGCGUAAACACCCUGACACUGAUGCCUACCUGCAUCUCAGCACCCGCACCCACAGAAUAGAGCCCCUAGCAAAUGGAAAACUCAAGGUUCAAGGUCAGCUUGGGGAAGACGACAUACUGGGCUUUCAGAGGGAGUUUCAGUGCCAGUGCUAUAGUGGCUACCAGGGAGAGGGCUGUGGCCAGAGAGACCCCCAACAACAACGAGGCGUUGCAGCUCCAAUCAUGGCGUCAUGGGUGCACUGUUUGAUCCUGCUACUCAUCACACUCCUGCUCUGAGUGCAAACAGUACAUCCACAGGCAUACAGCUACAUUAAAAUAAUUGGAUGUGUACUGGUAUACACAUGACAUUAUCUACACAUGCACAAACAUUAUAUAAAUACACGUUGGGGCAAAUGUAUUCACUGUAGUCCAGAUUGCUGUAAGGUUGGUGGAUCUAUGUGGAACACUGAGUUAUGUGGUUGUUUGUGUGUUGAUUUGUUUCCCAUACAUUGGAGGGCUCGCCGGAAAUAACUUUGUUUACAUUGAUCUCUUUCUCAGUCUCCUUCCCACGAUAUAUCUCUCUCAACCCCUCCCCCCUCUUUCAAGGUGUCAUUUUCUCAUGAUCCCAAAGUUGAUGUUUUUGUGUGGAAAUGUGUGUUGUUUUCUGAUUGUAUGUACGGUUUUGUGUUAUGUGUGAGCCAAAAUGGGGCCGAUGCACUUGAUUUUUGGAAGAGCACAAAAUAGUUCUUAUCGCCUGACCUCUGACAUUUUUAUCUUUAGGUUUCAAUAUUUAUAUUCAUGUAUUUUCACGUUUGUUAAAAAGCUUUUAUUUUAUGGCAAAAACAAGACUACUAUUUUCGCUCUAAAAUUGUGCUUCUCUCUUACUGUGUACAAUGUUUCAAACACUCAAAAUAAAUCAAAGCUGUAAUUAAGUGAUACUGCCAGAGAAGCCUGUGUUUGGAGGAUAUAUUGGCACAGGUGUUGUUCCAUCAAGGGCCUGCAAACCGUGCCAAUAUAUCUUCCAAACACCAGCUUCGAGGGUAUUAUCACUUUUAUACAACGGGUUACCAACAUA